AUGAGCAGCAACUUCGUCAACUUCCUCCUCCUCUUCCCAUCGAUCCUCCUGCAGGCAAGUGCGUUCCUGGGACCCCUUCCCCUCUCUCCUUCUCGGCACAGACUUGGAGGAGGAGGACAGGACGCGUUUGCAGCCACUCAGACGAAGACGAGCGGCAGCGCUGCCAUCAGAUCGAAGGAGGAGGAGGAGAAAGAUCGAGGGGAGAUUAUUUUCUUCCUCUUUGGGGCCCUCCUUGCUGCUGGGGGAUAUUUCUCGACCCAGCAGCUUCAGUUCGGGCAAGCUACCGAUGUAGAGACAAAAACGUCAAACGAUGCAACGGCAGUUGGUACGGUCGAUGUCCCCGCUAGCACAAAGGCUGGGAGCUGGGAGGCUGAAAGAUCGCCUGCGGCUGCUGUAGAGGACAGGAAGCCUUUGUUUGGGAUCGACUUCUCGUCCAUCGGAAAAUCAAUUUUGCGCAAGGAUGAAGAAGCAUCUGCGGAGUUGAAGAGAGAGGAGGAGGAGGCGAAGAAGAAGUUGGAAGCCAGGGAGAGGGAAGCUAAGGAGAGGGAGGCAAAGGAGAGGGAGGCGAAGGAGAGAGAGGAGGCCAAGAAAAGAGAGGCACAGGAGAGAGAGGAGGAGGAGGCGAAGAAGAAGGAGUUGGAGAAGGCAGAGAAGGAGCGAGAGGAGAGGGAGAGUCAAGAGAGGGAGAAGGAGGCGAAGCAGAGGGAGAAGGAAGCGAAGGAGAGGGCAAGGGAGGAGAAGGAGAAGGAAGCCAAGGAGAAACAAGCCAAGGAAAGAGCAGCAAAGGAGGAAGAAGCGAAGAAGAAGGCUGAGCAAGAAAAGAAGAAACUUUCUAUGAGAGAUCUGGAAGCUGGUAGAGAGGCCCUCGUCAAAGCGCGGCUCCAGGUGAAGGAGAGCAGGGAGGAUGCCGCAAAGUUGUCGCAGACUGCGAUCGACCUGCUGCAGAAAUCAGCUCAGCUCGGGAAUGAAGAGGGUCACAAGGAGCUAAAGGAAGCAGAGAAAUUUCGUUCUCGUUGCCUGCAGGAGAUCGAGGAUCGCGAGAUCUGCAUCCGAGAGGCUCGGGACCUGCUGGACAAGGGAAAGGAGGCGUUUGGCUCUCAGAGGCUGAAAGAGGCGCAAACUUUCGUGGAAGCCAGCCGAGACGUGUUCGUCAACGCCUAUAGGCUCGGUGCGAAGAAUGAAGCCUCCAAAGCUGAAGAGCUUCUCAAAAAGAUCCGCAAGGAAGCUGAGAAAAAUUCAGCUGGGGACUUGUCGGGCAUCGAUGGACCCUCUGGGGCUGCCGAGGCCAUCCAGACAGCGUUUCGCUCCUUCCGUUUCGAUUCCCAGCGGAUGUUUGCGGGCAUCCAGGUCGUGUCCAGCAGCGGCCAGGCUGUGGAGGGGAGCGAGGAGGGGACGAGGAUUCGUAUGCUCUACAACCACCUGCCCUUUGAGUAUAAGGCUGCCUUGCUUCAGAUGAUGGUUGGGGUCAGCCCGAACGUCGAAGACCUCAAGGAGGGAAUAGCAGCAGAGGAGGGCUGGAUGUUCUCGGUGCGCGGGGUGUUUGCGGGUUUCCCAGCUCGCUUUGACAUCCUGCGCGACCAGGUGGGCGACGGGUCGGUCUGGCACCUCGACGAGGAAGUUUACAGCUCUAGCGAGCAGGGAGACAUCUCGAGCCUCGUCCCCUCCACCGGGUUGCUCGCGUCCUUGAUAAGGUUCUUCGACAUCGGUCGCUUCUCAAGGAGGAACAUGCUCGGCUACAGCUGGGCAGGCGUGAAGUCAGGGGACGUGAUCAGAGUGCGGGUGGACCGAGCGUCGAGGAGAAUGCAGGUGUUUGUGAACGGAGAGAAACAGCGGGGAGAAGUGACAUCUCUCCCUUCCUCCGACCUCUUCUUCUGCCUUGAGCUGAUUUCUUCCCAUCAAGAAGUUGCUAUCAUGGAUUAG